AUGUUUGCAACAAAGACACGCAAGGCAGUGUUGGCAGCAAUCAUUAUAGUGUUACUGGCAAUAUCCAUUGGCCUGAUAGUCUACUUCACGACACGAGAUCGUAAUGACAGUGACCCAAGUGCUGUAGUCUACACGGACAUGCUGUUGCCCACCUGGGUCACACCAACCAACUACCUGUUGCACGUCAACACGUAUCUAAACAACUUCACAUUCACUGGCGCCGUCGUGAUCACCGUCAACAUCACCCAGAAGAAGGACUUUGUCGUGCUCCACGGCGAGAACCUCAACAUCACAUCGAUUUUUCUCGCUCCGACCACUGCCGCUGACGCCGCCACCUACCCCACCAGCUCACAGGUGCCAGCCGGGGCACACGAGCCCCUGCGCGUAACAUACAACGCCAACAACACAUACUAUGUCAUUCAGUUCAAGGAGUUGCCCGAGCUGCUCGAGAAGGGAUCAUUGUUCAACAUCUAUCUCCAGUACAAUGCCAACCUGACAGAUGGCCUGAAGGGCUACUACAGGUCCAAGUACUACGACCCCGGUGAGAAGUACCUGGCACUGACCAAGAUGGAGCCGACCUACGCUCGUCUGGCAUUCCCAUGCUUUGACGAACCUGCCAUGAAGGCCAUCUGGACUAUUUGGUGCGACAUUGACUCGGCCUACACGGCCAUCUCCAACAUGCCCGAACAAGCACGUAACGCUAGUGCACCGGGUCGUACAUUGGUCAUGUUCCAAUCAACACCAAAGAUGAGCUCAUACCUCGUGGCCUUUGUAGUGAGCCAGCUCACCUACUCCGAACACUUGAUCGCGGCGACUGGCAGAAACAUCGAGAUCCGUGUCUGGUCGUCCAAUGCUCUUGCCUCUGCCCGUGAGUACCCCUUAGACAUUGCCGUCAAUGCCACCAAGUUCUACACCCAGUACUUUGGUAUCGAAUACGCCUUGCCCAAGCUAGAUCUCGUUGGUGUCGCAGACUUUGCAUCUGGUGCCAUGGAGAACUGGGGCUGCAUCACAUUCAGAGAGGUCCUACUUUUCUAUAAUGAGACAACUGCCAAUGUCAAUGACAAACAAUCAGUGGCCGAGGUUGUCUCACAUGAGAUUGCCCAUCAAUGGUUUGGCAACCUUGUCACCAUGAAGUGGUGGAACGACCUCUGGUUGAACGAAGGCUUUGCAACUUUCAUGGCUUACCAAGCAAUGGCAUCAAUUUGCCCCGAGUUCAAUACACCAUCAGACUUCCUCAUUGACAUCAAGAGUUCUGGAUUACAAAUGGAUUCAUCAUCUUCCACACAUCCUAUCUCAAACAACUACGUCACUGUAGUGGAUAUCAUUGCAUCAUUUGACUCGAUCACUUAUAAUAAGGGAGCCAGUGUAUUGGGUAUGCUCAAUGCUAUGCUCAACAAUGGCACGACCAACCAAUUCAAACUUGGCAUCCAAUCAUAUCUUAAGAAGUUCAGCUAUGGCAAUGCCCAGACCUCUGACCUUUGGGAUGCACUCACUGCCGCCACUGGCGGCACAGUCAAUGUAUCCAACAUCAUGAGUGCAUGGGUCAACAAGCCUGGUCUUCCAAUGGUCAGCGUCUCGAGGAAUGGCGACACUCUCACACUGGCCCAAUCCAGAUACAUCAAUGACAUCAAUGCCAAGCCGAAUGAUACCACUGUGUGGCAGGUACCAAUCACCAUCCAAACCAACUGCACUACGAGUGCAUCAAACAAUGAUGACAUACUCUUUAGUCAGACGUCGACCACGAUCAAUGUACCAAACUGUGUAUUCACAAUGCUCAAUGCCGACUCGACAGGCUUCUACCGAACACACUAUGACGACGCGCUAUUCAAACAAAUCGGCAACGAGUUGGCGAACGUCAACACGGUCAUCAGUUCACAAGCAGCCAUCGCCUUCCUCGACGACACAUUCAGCUUUGUUCAAUCUGGACAAGUCCAGCCAUCAAGUGCAUUGGAGAUGAUUAGAUUCUUGAACAUUACGAAUCAGAUAAAUGACAACCAGAUAUAUGUUUGGAGAGCAGCAAUGUCUGGCACAUCUUACAUUGGUCAAAGGAUGUCAGACCAGAUGUGUUAUCCACAAUACUCAGCAUACAUUCAAUCACUUGCAACAACAUUAGUGAACAACGUUAAUAAUAUCUACACCACCAACAUCAGUAACACCUACCAACAACAACUUAUAGCCAAAUACGCCAUCUCCAUUGGUAACUCUGCUGGUGUAUCCAACGUCACUCAACAUCUCCACAACGUCUGGGUCCAAAACAUGAACACGCCACAGUUCAUUGAUGUCAAUGUUAGAAGGACUGUAUAUCAAUCAAUUGUUAGUAAUGGAGAUUACCAAGAGUAUAACUGGGUACUUGGUAGAUACCUCAACACUGCCACAUCGAUCAAUGAGAGAGCAGAUGCACUCUCUGCACUUGGAUUUCCCAAGGAAUCCUAUCUCAUCCAACAAUCAUUGAACUUGAUGGGAAAUGGUACGAUCAGAAUCCAAGACCAGAAAACAUUGACAUCGAGUCUGGCAGCGAAUCAGGAGGCGCUUGAUCGAACAUGGGAGUAUGUCCAGGAGCAUUGGGAUAUAUUCCCAAGCAGAUUCCAGCCAGAGCUAUUGAUGACGCUUGCCAACAACUAUGAUUCACCAAUUGCCUACAAACAAUUCAAACAGUUCAUGAGUGACAAGACAUACCUUCCUCAGACCUCAGUGGACUAUGUACUUGAAACUAUACAAAACAACAUUAAUUGGAAGACAAUUAACACCGGACCAUUAUGUGACUACCUCUUUGGAUUGUCCAAUAACCAAUCACUUUCAAAACAAUAUUGA